AUGGCAGACCACAAGAACGUCAUCGUCACUUUUCACAAGACUUCGUCCCCUGAAGACAGGUCAAAGCUGCUCGAUGAGCUGAAGAGCAAAGGCGCUCAGAUUGUCAAGGAUGACAACCUCAACUCUCCCAUCAUGCCAUUCGUGACCGUCUCCAUGCCCGACGAGCACUUUGACGCCCUCCAGUCAAGCAGUCUCCAGGGACACGAUGUGGUCAAGAACGUCGAGAAGGACCAAGAAAUGCGGAUCCAGGCUUGA